UUAUAUCAGAGACACACCCCCUCGACCAUGCCAUGUCACUAUAAAGGACCAGAGGAGGACACAGAUGACAGACUUGGACAUCUAACAAUCCACAAGAGGCCCAGAACAGGUUCCCCAACAGCAGAUUUAACAUUUUCCUGGAGGUGAAUGCGGUAUGGAGAGAACUUUUCUUCUGCUGCUGAUUGUGCCUUUGACUGCUGCCACCCCGCUGAGACUUACACAGAGCUCUGAAGCAGAGGUCCUCCUCUCAGGGGCAGCUGCUCAGGCCGUGGGCGCGAGAGGGUCCGAUAAUGGGCAGGAGACGCAUGCCCCGCUGGUGAAGAUUGUCCCGUUUCAUUCAGCGGACAAACAACUUGAACCACACGCUCUGAAAGACAGCAUGGCAGAGAAGCCACGGACACGGCGCGCACUUCAGCGUGGAUGCCAGCUCGGGACGUGCCAGCUUCACAACCUAGCCAACACUUUAUACCACAUCAGCAAAACAAGUGGGAAAGAGCAGUCAAAGAAGGCCAGUGACCCACAAGGAUUUGGCAGAUAGGUCCUGGAAGUAACUAUGGCACCAAAAGGACUGUGCAAGUGCCUUCAUUUAUCUACAAAGUGUAUAUAUAUAUAUAUAUAUAGGCUAUUAUAUAGGCUAUUAGUUCUACUUAACUGGUACUUGCUUAAA